UCUCAUCCCGUCUCCCCUGCUCGCUCAGAGCCACAGACGCUCCUCCAGCUCUGUUGCAGCGCGGCGUGCGAACAUGGUCGGCGGCGCCUGUGCUCGCAAGCUGGCUCGUCGGUCUCGGUCCGCCCUGAUCGCAGCCCUCACCGUGCUGCUGGUGCAGACCCUCAUCGUGUGGAACUUCAGCUCCCUCGACUCCGGCGAGGAGCGAGAAAACGCAGGCUCCAGCGUGCGAGAGAAGAGGGACCGGGUGGCGGGCAGCAGAGCCGCCGGCAGCGAGUACCUCCAGCGCGGAGAGCAGCAGCAGCAGCAGCAGCGGCGGCAGCAGCAGCAGCAGCAGCCCGGGCAGCGGCAGCAUCUUCCUCCGCCGGGGAGGGGGACGUCUCGCCACAUACAGCAGCCGGACGGGUACUACUCCCACCGGCCGAAGGAGAAAAGCAGAGUUGACAGCAACAAUGAGAACUCGGUGCCAAAAGACUUUGAGAACAUAGAUAAUAGUAAUUUCGGUGCCCGUUCGCACCGGCAAUCUGUGGGCGCCACCAGCAGCAAGCAGCGGGAGCGUGUCCAAGGGAAGCCCCACACCCAGCAGCAGGCCUGGCACGAGAGCUCUCCCAGACUGGGCCGCAGCUCCAAUGAGAUUUUGCCGAUAGGCCACCAGUCGCUAGAACUGGGAAGCAAUGCCUCCUAUCCUGGUGGCCAGGGCAUCGCCGGAGUCCUGCAGCAGCAGCACACUCGUGCCUCACUUGACCAGCCUGACCAGUCCCAGCACAGACAUCAGCAUCCACACAGGAAACAGGCAACUACACCAACACUGGAGGUGACGUACGAUCAGCCGCCGCAAUGUGAGAUCAGCGGCAAGGAAGCCAUUUCUGCCCUGUCCAGAGCCAAGAGCAAGGAGUGCCGGCAACAGAUUGCUGAAGUCUACUGUAGACACAAAGAGGGCCAGCUAAUGCCUGAUGCAGUAACUCGUCAUUGCCCUAUUGAAGGUAAAGCCAAUGUGAAUAUCCAGUGGGAUGAAGACUCUGUGGAGAGCUUUCCACUGAAACCAGUGAGAAUAGCUUUUGUUCUGGUGAUUCACGGACGAGCCUCUCGCCAGUUCCAGCGUCUGUUCAAAGCCAUCUACCACACCUCUCACUUCUACUACAUUCACGUCGACCAGCGCUCCAACUACCUGCACAGGCAGGUGCAGGCCCUCGCUGCCCAGUAUCCCAACGUGAGGGUGACGCCCUGGCGCAUGGCCACCAUCUGGGGGGGAGCCAGUUUGCUGACUAUGUAUCUGCGCAGCAUGGCUGACCUGCUGGCCAUGAGGGACUGGAGCUGGGAUUUUUUCAUCAAUCUCAGCGCUGCCGACUAUCCGAUCAGGAACAAUAACCAGCUGGUGGCGUUCCUGUCCAAGUACAGAGACCUGAAUUUCAUUAAGUCCCACGGCCGGGACAAUGCAAGGUUCAUCCGGAAGCAGGGUCUGGAUCGUCUCUUCUAUGAGUGUGACACUCACAUGUGGAGGCUGGGCGACCGAAAAAUCCCAGAAGGCAUCUCUGUGGACGGCGGCUCUGACUGGUUCCUCCUCAACCGCAUGUUUGUGGAAUAUGUGAUCAACUCCAAGGACGAUCUGGUCACCAACAUGAAGCGAUUCUACGCGUACACGCUGCUGCCUGCUGAGUCGUUCUUCCACACUGUGCUGGAGAACAGCGCCCACUGCGAGAGCAUGGUGGACAACAACCUGCGCAUCACCAACUGGAACCGUAAACUGGGCUGCAAGUGUCAGUACAAGCACAUCGUAGACUGGUGUGGAUGCUCGCCCAAUGACUUCAAGCCUUCGGACUUCCACCGCUUCCAGCAAACGGUGCGGCCCACCUUCUUUGCCAGGAAGUUUGAGGCCAGCGUGAACCAGGAGAUAGUGAACCAGCUGGAUGCCUACCUGUUUGGACCGUUUCCUCAGGGGACGCUGGGACUGAACUCCUAUUGGGAGAAUGUUUACGACGAGCCAGAUGGCGUCGCCAGCCUGUCGGACACGCUGCUCACGUAUUACCACUCCUUCACGCGGAUGGGCCUGGUGAGGGCUGCGGCCUCGCUUCAGGGGAACCCAGACGAUCACAGCUGCAGGUAUUUCCCAAUGGGCCACCCUGUGUCAGUGCAUCUCUACUUCCACCUAGACCAGUUCCAGGGCUACCUGGUCAAGCAUCAUGCCACCAACCUGGCAACAAGCAAGCUGGAGAUCAUGGAGACCUGGGUGGCACCAAAAAAGAACUUCGAGCUGACCGCGCUUCCAGGCAGCACAUUCAACCGGCUUCAGUUUGCCGAGAUUGGCACAGAGUGGGACGCUAAAGAGCGCAUGUUCAGGAACAUCGGCGGCCUGAUGGGCCCCAUGGAUGAGACGAUAGGCAUGCAGAAGUGGAACAAAGGACCAAACGUCACAGUCACUGUGGUCUGGAUCGACCCCACCAACGUCAUCGCAGCCACCUACGACAUCCUGAUCGACGCGAGUGCAGAGUUCACCCACUAUCGUCCGCCACUCAACCAGCCGCUGCGACCCGGAGUCUGGAACGUCCGAAUCCUCCAUAACUGGAGCCCUGUGGCCGAGAUUCGUUUCCUUAUCGUUCCGCUGGCCUAUAACAAGCACCAGCCGAUAAGACAAGACGACACGCUGAGGCUCCACAACGGGCCAGCGAAGAACAGCUACAUGGAGCAGAGCUUCCACGGCCUGAACCCGGUGCUCAACAUCCCCGUCAGCUUGGCUUACGUGGAGCAAGCCAAGAGGAACGCGGCGCUCACCGGACCGGAGCUGGAGGGCUGGGUGGACGGCCUCGUGGGAGGGCUGUGGGAGGCCGCCGACAUCUGCGCCGUUGGCCUCACCGCCUGCCCCGUCAUGCAGCCCUGUGCCAAGAGCCCUUGGAGCUCCAUGAGCCCGGAUCCCAAAUCCCAACUGGGAGCGCCGCACCACGACGGCCGUAUAAGGUAGCAGCGAGGCCUCCAGCUGGACGGGAGGCCGUGACACUGUUUGGUUUUAUUUAUUCGAGAGGCUUAUUGCAGGGGGGGGAGGAGGGAGGAAGAGGAGAAGCUCUUCCUCUGCACCUCUGAGCAGAAGCAAAUGAAAAAAGGUGGAGUCCUUCAGCGAGCUGUGGGUAAGGCUGUCUUAAAAGCAAGGGGAAGCAUUUCUCUGAACCUCCCACAGAGUUUAUUCCUUGAGGGGAUUUUGCUGGCUUUGCUAUUUCACUUUCUCAGUGUAUUUAUUUUUCUUUUCAUGGCUGAGUUUUACUGUGAUAAAACGUUGCAAUUUUGGAGCUUUUUAUUGUGCUGCCCAAUGAAUUGCGACGCCCUGCUUUUGGGCUGUGUGGCCAUGCGAGUCUGAACUGUCAACACUGCUGCAACGAAGCCUUAGUGGGAAAAGAUUCACCAGGAGGUAGCCGAGCACUGACACAAACCUGGCUCCUAAGACCUCAUCAACAGAAACACCAUGACGACAACUGACCAAUAAGCGCCCCUGAACAGAUUAGUAACAUUUUGUGACAGCUCAUAUUUUAUUUUAAUAGUAUUUAUUAGAUAAACACACCAGCCCUAUGUAUCUAUCUAUAGGCACCCCUGGUAAGGAUACGUAAGAAGCCUUAAAAAAAAAAGUACAUCUCCCACUGCAGUAAGAUGAAACAUUUUCCAAGUGUGUUUUUGGAUAUUUUUAUUUACCUCUUUACCAUCCGCCUCACUCUGCAUGUUAGCAGUUUAAGCUUUGCUUUUCAUGCAACCUUUUUUGUCACACUUCCAGCUGUUUUAAGCUUUUUUGUAAUUUAUCACUCCAACUGUAGACAUGAGGGUCGUCGUGAUGGUAAAGUUUCAACUCAAAAACAUUAAAUAUCAAUUUUUGGUUGUUUCUCUAACAGCAACGGAUUUCUUGUAAUUCAGAUCAAAAGUAACAAAUUGCACUAAUUUUCACUCUUAUUAGAGCACAACCGUGAAAUAAUUAGUAAUUCAGAAAAAAAAUAUAUUAUUAUUUAAGUUUAUUUUUGUUUAGCAAAAACUGAACUAGAAGUUUUUGUAAAAGUGUUUAAGGAAGAAUUCAUCAGUUGGAAGAAAAGUGUUUUUAACAUUGUAAUCUAGGAUCUGAAUGGGUAUUCUGGGUUUUCUUUGCUCUUUCAAAAUUUCUUACUAAACUCCUUACUAACCGAGAGCUUUUCUGAGCUGCAAAAUUGGCAGAUUUUUAAACUUCCAGCUGCACAUUGUUUCAACCUGGGUAGUUCAGGUGAGCCUCCGCAGGAAGAGGAGGGACUCAGUGUCUGCAUUUCCUGUGCCAAGUUGUGUGCCAACUUGGGGACACCGAAGUUGCUCGGGUGGUAAAUAGCACCUCACUUCCUGUUUUUAUGUUGAUCAUAUUUAAAUAUUGUUUAUCUUGACAAUCCCUGUUGACAUGGACAGCCUUAGGCAAGUAACACAUCUGCCUUACUUGGUUUGCAUUUUGAACAGUCAGGCUGGAAAUGAAUCUUCCUAACAUCCCAUUUACGAAGACAAAUUUCCAGAAUUUAUGAUCAAUUUUGAAAAGAAGAAAUGAAAACUUAUUCAGUUUCACUAAUUUCACAGGAAUCAAAUCUCUAAAUCUGUGUAUUUUUUUUCUUUUCUUUUUACCAGGGGUGCCGAUUAAUGUGUGGGGCGCUGUAAAAUCACACAUUUCUGCAGCUGAGUGCCUGAUUAGGUUUCAGAGCAGCUGUGGCUGGUUUUGUUUUGCUGGCAUAAAAAUGCCUUUUUUGAGUAAUUAGUAAAUUGGAAAAAAAUCUGUAUAUUACACACAAAACAAAAAACCUGCUUGUAGACAUUUGUAGUUGUGUUACUUUGUUUUGAGAUUUAACAUUUACGUAGAUUAGACUCUUUUUAUAACAGCCAGGGUUUAUGACAGGCAGAAGAGAAGAAAAUAACAGUUUCUUCUCUUCUUAAUUCAAUCUGCCUCAAACUUGAAACUAAAUUACCUUAAGCUAACCUUAAAAUGUAUUGUGCUUGUUGAGUUUGUUCCAGUCAUUUCACAACGCCUAAUGUUGUGCAUAAUUAUUCAAGAAUCUUCGAAAUUGUAUGAGUGAGGAAGAGGUAUUGUUAUUUAUUUCUAAGUUUAUAUUAAUACUGAUAUUUUUAGUCAGUGACUAAAUAACUGCAACGCUGCCUUGGCAGCAUGAUGAGUAUUUUUUUGUAAUAAAACCGCCUUUAUUUACAAAGGCCAUCACCCCGAACUUAAUAUUGUACGUUUUUAUGGCCCGCCCUUGUGUGUUUGUCUGUGUUGUCCUGUCUGAAUAAGACCUUCUCGUCCCGGUUUCUUUCAUGGCUGCUUUCAGUGAAGCUCACAAGAGAAAAACGCUGCCUGAACUUCUUCAAAUUUUGUCAUGUUACAAGCACAAACUUAUCUACAUCGUACUAUUACGUUUGCCCAACAUUUUGCAGUGCUCAGUUACGAAGCGAAACGAAAUAAGAUGCUUGAUUUUGUUUUGCUAUGUCUCUGCAUGUUACAGUCUGCGACAGAUACUGCGCCAUCUUUCCACAUACAUGCUUUAAUGUGAUUCCCAAUAGUUAUCAUCGUCUUGUGUUUUUUAGUAACUUUUUAUUCCACUACGCGAUUUAAAAGUAGCUCAACCAAUAUAUCUGUCCACACUCAUGGGCCUCCUGGCGCCAUGUUUAAUUUUUAACAGGAAGUUUUGGUUAUUUUUAAACAUUCUUAUUGGCUGAUAUAGGUUUUAGCUUUGCAUUACACUGCCCCCUAUGGGUUUGGCAUGUUUAAAGCAACGUUCAGUGGUGUAUUUGUGCAGGUUCACGUGGAUGAAAACUUUCCUGAAACCAUUCCCGUGUGUACAAGGCCUCAGAUUGAACAUGGAGAAUCUGUGAAAAACAAUUUUUGAGAUACUCAACAGAUUCUCAAAUGGAUCCUGAACUUUGACUGCCGACCCAUUGUUGCUCUGGCUAUAUGCUUAGUCGUUGUCCUGCUGAAAGGUGAGCAUCCAUCUCACUUAUUAAGUCUCUCGCUUCCACAAUUUAGCGUCUAUUGAUCAAAUCCAACUAAGUUAUUUGUCUGUAACGAAGAAAAGCACUCUCACAAUGUUGUCUCUUGCAUGUUGGCCAAAAAAAUUAAUUUUGGUUUCGUCCCACCAAGAGCUCCUUUCUCCACAAAGUGGCAUUUGUUCCCCACAUGACGCAAAUGCCACUUCUUAAACGAGCUUUCUCCUUCCCACUGGUCCAGACGUGUUUCCACUUCACGGUUUUUCAUUUCUUUGUGUUGCGUUAAAUGUUAAUUACAUACAUUAUAGUUUGUGUUUAUAACGUGACAAACUUGGAAAAAGUUGAAUUCUUGCAGAGCACUGCAUCUUUAGGAAAAAUAGAAACUGUCCUCAUAAGCAAAUACUCUGGACAAUGCGUUGACUUGAAGGAGAAACUGUGUCUUUUGGUGUUGCUUCUGAAUGACAGUGGGUGGUUGUAGUUUUCAUGCUGUGACAAAAAAUGUAAAAUUUCAAGUGAAUAUUAUGUUGUAUCUUGAGUGCAAAAAAAAAGAGAAUAAUUUAUUAGACUUGUUCUGCGGCACCUUGUCAGCUCUGCUCACGUUCAAAGUACCUUUUCUCUCAUCAAGACAAUCUCCGGACACUUGCAUCGACUUAAUCAACACUCGGGACGGCAACUGAUCCUGAACAAGGAGUUCGCUCACAUAUUUGCUUUACUUUGAAAAACAGUUUCAUCUGAAGCCAAUUAGGUUUUCAAUCUGUGAUUGUCAGCAUUGUUUAGUCAUCACACGAGCUAAAUGAGUGGUUUUUGCACAGGCUAAUGAAGAGACAUUACUGUUCAUUAACGUCAAGUUCACCUUGCCUCUCUGUCAGAUGGCGAGGAUUAUAACUGCUGUCUCUCUUUCCUUUCAAAUCGACCGGUUCUGGUGUGAAACGUCCUCAUUCUGACCGCCGUGCUCCGAACAGCUGCGUCACACACAGUACUUAUUACGCUGUACGCUCAUUGACAGGUUUGGGUAAAAUUAAUUCAAUGUAACUUAAUGUGAAAAGUCAUAUUUUGUAACCAAACAAUUAACAAAUGAAGAUGUACUGUAUAUAGGUAUUUUGUAUUGAAAUGUUUCAAAAGAGCACCAUUAGUGUAAAUACGGAGGUGGCGAACUGACACUGAAGUGUGAAGAGUUUUUUUUGUUUUGUUUUUUUCCCCAAAGUGUUGCUAAAAAGAGUGAAAUCAGUGUUUUACCAAUUAAAAGACAUAAGAUGUUUCAGUACUUCGGACUGCUGAGAAAAGGCAACCUUUUCCUGUAUGUGUCCCAGAGAAUCCAGAUUGUUGUUGUUCUUGCUGGAAUGUAUUGUUGAGCAUCUGUUGCACAAAUAACUCUGACUCAUCAUGUCCCCCCGUGUUAUUUUAGUCAGAGAGGCUCAGUGUGCCUUAGCUGAUUUUUAGAACCUUCUCUGUCCAUUACGGAAAUCUAAGUUUUUGUUUUGUUUUCUUCUUUUUGACCUCAUGUGAAGAAAGCCAUGAGUCCAUCAAGUGAUCUAUCAGUAACUCUUGACACCAAAUUGAUGUCUGCUGUUGUAUAUAUAUCAUCAGGCCUUCUCUUGCUGUGAUCGACUUUUCUUUCUUUUUUUUUUUGUUUUUUCUUGUUCUUCCCUUUUGGGGAUUUGUUUGAUCAAACUGGCUUGUUUCACUUUUCUUUGACUGCUUUUUGGAAAUAAAAUUCUGUAAAACAGCA